AUGACAUUCAAUCACAUAUCGAAAGCCACAGCUCUAGCAAAUCCUGUGACCCUGCGCGAGUUCGCUGUCGCUCUGUCGAAAACAUGGGGGACAACCAACAAGGCCAAUCCCUCCAGGACGAUCGGGCUUGCCAUAAGCGGAGGAGUUGAUUCAAUGGCUCUUGCUGCAUUAUGUUUGAAAGUCAAGUCUUCCGCUUCGGUUCCAAGUCAAAUGCAAUUUCGAGCGUUUGUUAUUGAUCACGCUGCACGCCCCUCGAGUAGCGAAGAGGCGAUACAGGUUGUUCAGGUGUUGGAACAAAAAGGCAUUCCCGGGCAGGUCCUAAAUGUAGCUUGGGAAGGUCAGCUGAAACCAUCCGAGCUAUCAAAUUUCGAGUCGCUUGCCAGAAAACAUCGAUACCAGCUAUUGGGGAAAGCAUGCAAGCAGCACGGCAUUACGUCUUUACUCGUAGCCCAUCAUCAAGAUGACCAAGCUGAGACGGUAUUGAUGAGGAUACUCGCGGGCCAACGUGGACCUGCGCUUCAGGGCAUCAAAGGUGAAAACGGAAUUCCAGAAUGCUAUGGUCUCCAUGGAAUCUGGGAAAGUGGUGAAAUCUCUACGACCACAUUUGGGUCAGUUGAAGAUACAGGCCAGUUGCAAAUAGAGACCGGUGGCAUAAGGAUACAGCGCCCUCUGCUUGGGUUCAGUAAGGAUCGUUUAAUCGCUACAUGCGAGGCUGAAGAUAUGACCUGGUUCGAAGAUCAAUCAAACCAAGAUCCAACCCUUACUACCAGAAAUGCGAUAAGGCAUCUUUAUAGGGUUAACAAGGUGCCUUCUGCAUUAUCAAAAGAUAGGCUUCUCCAUCUGACUGAAAGGUGCCACGCUGCGGCCACGCUACGUGAUGGCUUAAAGAAGCAUUAUCUUGCCAAGUGUGAAGUGACACGCUUCGCAAGUAGGAGUGGGACAAUAAUUAUCAAGUUCUCAGACCUCAAUGACCACGAUCUAAUGCUAGCGGCGACCCUUCUCCGUCACAUCAUCAUGUUGAUCACGCCAGAAGAGCACGUCUCGGUCUCAAGCCUCCAUGGAGCCGUAAAACAUGUUUUCGAUCAGCGUGAUGCAGGGCAAAGUACGGCUUCGGCGAUUAGGUUUAAUGUUGCAGGUGUCCUUUUCGAGUCACUUAAAGAAGAUAUUACGCUAAACAAUUACACCGAAGUACCAAAACGGACUCCUCAGAGCAGAUGGCUUAUCUGCCGACAAACCUACCUGUCAUCUGUACCGAAACCUUCAUUCAGCGUAGCGCCGUGUCCCCCACAGGAGACUGUGUGGUCAGAUUGGCAAUUAUGGGAUGGUAGGUACUGGAUACGUCUAGUCCAUCAUUUCGGAAAACCGCUUGUUAUUAGACCGUUUUCCCCAGGAGACGUCGCGAAAUUCCGCAGAUCUCUUUCAUUGGCCGGUGCCAAAAACCUCAGACGAUACUUUGCUACCAUUGCCAAGGGGGCAAUACGUUAUACACUGCCUUGUAUCGUAGCUGAAGACAAUGGUGAAGAAACUGUUGUCGGCCUUCCAUCGUUAGAUUUAUAUUCUUCAAGCGCGCCGAUGAAGUGUCAAAUUAGAUACAAGAAGAUUUAUCUAGAUGGCUUGUCGCUCCAGACCGGUCAGGAAAAGUCACAACCUGUCAAGGACGGCUAA